AUGACAGCCAGCAUUCCUCCACCUAGCCCUACCCAGGUCAGUCAGGUCAGUGACGUGAUGGAAGAAUCAAAUCCAAACCUCCCGGACCCCCCAGCUGUCCAUCGGAUUUGGGAAGGCAAAGUUUGGGCUCUCGAAGUUGUUCAACAACCCGUUCGAGCCCGAAUGUGCGGAUUUGGUGACAAGGUAACAGAGCUCUCACGCCUGGUUUUGAACGUAGAUUUGUGGAGCCAACACGGAGAUCGCGAGGACAACUGCGUCCGACACAAUAAUGCGUCACCAUCGAUAGGAACCACCAGCCUCAGUGCCUACCCACAGGUCGUCGCACCAAUGACACAGACUCAGGCACCCCAAAUCUACACUGGACACAGUGUCCCUUAUUCCUCGCCGGGCCUCAUCUCACCCAACCCUAUUACACCAGGUUCUACUAGCUCCUACUUCCCUAACGAGGAACAGCACUCCUAUGCUGGCCCGAGCUUUAGCAAUCGGCCCCCCUCGUUCUCCAUGGAUCGCUCGACAGACCGCUUUAGUGCACCAUAUUCUAAUGGUUUGGGUGAACAGUAUGGCUCGCGCACUAACGGUCCCUCUCAAAUCCAAACAUCAGGUGCAAUACGGUCCACUCGAUCUAGCCAGGACCUUACGCAAAGAAAUUCAGACAUGACCGGACAACAUAUUGCGAAAAACCUAAUUGGAAGUGCCUCAUCUAGUGCGUUCAGGUUGGAGGUCCCAGUAAAAUCAAAAAAUUGGGGUCUGUGGUUCGUGCUACAAGAUCUGAGUGUCCGAACAGAGGGUACAUUCCGACUGAAGAUGAAUCUCUACAAUCUGUCGGCGAUCAACUUGACCGACGUCGAGAACAAAGGCCAAGGUCAAACCCCAGAUCUCCUGGUCGAAGCCCCAUGCCUAGCAUCAGUCUUCAGCAAGCCCUUCAAGGUGUGGAGCGCAAAGAAAUUCCCUGGAGUGAUCGAAUCAACUGCAUUGAGUAGAUGCUUUGCUGCGCAAGGCAUCAAAAUUCCUAUUAGGAAGGACGGCAGGGACGGCAAUUCGAAGAAGAGGAAGGGCGCUGGCAGCGAUGAUGAAGACGACGGCCAAGAGUAUGGUGGCGAUGAUGAUGGCGCCGGAUUCUAG